GCUUUUCACAAACCUUUGUCUCUUGCGAAGUUAGACGAACUUUUGACGAAAUUUUGCCCGAUAUUCCGCCUUUUCAUAAUGCAAAUCUUUGUGAAAACACUCACUGGCAAGACUAUCACCCUAGAAGUCGAGCCUAGCGAUACGAUCGAAAAUGUGAAAGCUAAAAUUCAAGACAAGGAAGGCAUUCCCCCAGACCAACAGCGUUUAAUUUUCGCUGGUAAACAACUCGAAGAUGGCCGAACCCUGAGCGACUACAACAUCCAGAAAGAGUCGACCCUUCACCUGGUUCUACGUCUCAGAGGAGGAAUGCAAAUCUUUGUGAAGACCCUGACCGGGAAAACCAUCACUCUAGAAGUUGAACCAAGCGACACAAUCGAGAAUGUGAAAGCUAAAAUUCAAGACAAGGAAGGCAUUCCCCCAGACCAACAACGACUCAUCUUCGCCGGAAAACAGCUAGAAGAUGGCCGAACCCUUAGCGACUACAACAUCCAGAAAGAGUCGACUCUUCACUUGGUUCUACGACUCAGAGGAGGAAUGCAAAUCUUUGUCAAAACCCUGACCGGGAAAACCAUCACUCUAGAAGUUGAACCAAGCGACACAAUCGAGAAUGUGAAAGCUAAAAUUCAAGACAAGGAAGGCAUUCCCCCAGACCAACAGCGUUUAAUUUUCGCUGGUAAACAACUCGAAGAUGGCCGAACCCUGAGCGACUACAACAUCCAGAAAGAGUCGACCCUUCACCUGGUUCUACGUCUCAGAGGAGGAAUGCAAAUCUUUGUGAAGACCCUGACCGGGAAAACCAUCACUCUAGAAGUUGAACCAAGCGACACAAUCGAGAAUGUGAAAGCUAAAAUUCAAGACAAGGAAGGCAUUCCCCCAGACCAACAGCGACUCAUCUUCGCCGGAAAACAGCUAGAAGAUGGCCGAACCCUUAGCGACUACAACAUCCAGAAAGAGUCGACUCUUCACUUGGUUCUACGACUCAGAGGAGGAAUGCAAAUCUUUGUCAAAACCCUGACCGGGAAAACCAUCACUCUAGAAGUUGAACCAAGCGACACAAUCGAGAAUGUGAAAGCUAAAAUUCAAGACAAGGAAGGCAUUCCCCCAGACCAACAGCGACUCAUCUUCGCCGGAAAACAGCUAGAAGAUGGCCGAACCCUUAGCGACUACAACAUCCAGAAAGAGUCGACUCUUCACUUGGUUCUACGACUCAGAGGAGGAAUGCAAAUCUUUGUCAAAACCCUGACCGGGAAAACCAUCACUCUAGAAGUUGAACCAAGCGACACAAUCGAGAAUGUGAAAGCUAAAAUUCAAGACAAGGAAGGCAUUCCUCCAGACCAACAACGACUCAUCUUCGCCGGAAAACAGCUAGAAGAUGGCCGAACCCUUAGCGACUACAACAUCCAGAAAGAGUCGACUCUUCACUUGGUUCUACGUCUCAGAGGAGGAAUGCAAAUCUUUGUCAAAACCCUGACCGGGAAAACCAUCACUCUAGAAGUUGAACCAAGCGACACAAUCGAGAAUGUGAAAGCUAAAAUUCAAGACAAGGAAGGCAUUCCCCCAGACCAACAGCGUUUGAUUUUCGCUGGUAAACAACUCGAAGAUGGCCGAACCCUGAGCGACUACAACAUUCAGAAAGAGUCGACUCUUCACUUGGUUCUACGUCUCAGAGGAGGAAACUAAACUAAAGAACCCUGUAAUAAUAGACUGGACUGACCGAAUUAUUGAGCACUCAAAUGUAUUUUGAUUUUGUUUUUGUUACUUUUUCGGAUCGAAUAAAGCAUUAUAAAUCUA